AUUCCCAUACCAAGUGUGCCUGCGUUCCAGCCAUCCACCCCCAUCCCUGAGCGCCUGGAAGCUGUGCAGCGCUACAUCAGGGAGCUUCAGUACAAUCACACUGGGACACAAUUCUUUGAGAUUAAGAAGAGCAGACCUCUGACUGGGCUGAUGGACCUGGCCAAAGAAAUGACCAAAGAGGCCCUGCCAAUAAAAUGCCUGGAAGCUGUGAUCCUGGGAAUUUACCUCACCAACAACAUGACCACGCUGGACCGUUUCCCCAUCAGCUUCAAAACCCACUUCUCAGGGAACUACUUCCGACACAUCGUGCUGGGGGUGAACUUUGGAGGCCGCUACGGGGCCCUGGGAAUCAGCCGGCGUGAGGAGCUCAUGUACAAGGCGCCCGUCUUCCGCACGCUGAGCGAACUCGUCUUUGACUUCGAGGAGGCCUAUCGCCGCUGCUGGCACACCCUCAAAAAGGUGAAGCUGGGUCACUGUGUGUCCCAUGACCCACACAGCGUGGAGCAGAUUGAGUGGAAGCAUUCCAUCCUGGAUCUAGACAAGCUAACCAGGGAAGACUUCCGCAAAGAGCUUGAGAGGCAUGCCCGUGACAUGAGGCUGAAGAUUGGCAAAGGAACUGGACCACCAUCUCCCACCAAGGACAGAAAGAAAGAUGUUUCCUCCCCACAAAGAGGUCAGGCCAGCCCCCAUCGGCGCAACAGCCGCGGGGACCGACGGCCAUCUGGGGAGAAGAAGCCUGCUGAUUCCAAAGCCAUGCCAGACCUCAAUGGGUACCAGAUCCGGGUGUGA